UCACAGAAAAACAGAGCAAUGCACACACAGAGACUCCACCCCCAGCCCAUCUGACUCCAGGAAGUGCCCUCCUCUGGGAGGAGGCUGAGGUCUGGGAAUUAAAGUAGAGCAGACAGAGGAGCCCAUCUUGGCAGCAGCCUGAGAGACAAACCUCCUCUCCAGAGGAAGAGCCUAGCCCACAGCAGAGACUAUGGAGCUCACCUCAGCCCCUCUCCACAAAGCAGAGGUCUCCUGGAGGGGACUCCUGCUCACAGUCUCUCUUUUAACCUACUGGACCUCUCCCACCACUGCCAAAGUCACUGUUGAAGCAGUCCCACCCCACGUUGCUGAAGGGAAGAACGUUGUUCUAGUUGUCCACAAUCUGCCAGCAAAAUAUGCAGUCAUUAACUGGUACAAGGGACAAGGUUCUUUGAAGAAGUUAAUUGCAAAAUUUGUAAAAAACCAAAACUCAAUACAAAAUGGGCCUGGAUACACUCACAGAGAGAUGAUAUACCCCAAUGGAUCCUUGUUCAUCAACAACGUCACAAUGGAAGACGAAGAACUCUACACACUGUACUUAGAAAUAGACAGCACUCAUCAUCAGAAUGUAACAGUGAACUUUGAUGUACAACGGCCAGUGUCUAAACCCUUCAUCCAAGUCAGCAAUAAAACCAACAAUGACCUGAUCUCUGUGCUCCUGAACUGCUUCUCAUUCGACAGCGGGAUCUCCAUCCAUUGGUUCUACAAAGGCCAGAGUCUGAAGAUCACGAAUAGGAUGAUUCUGUCCAAGGACAACAACACCCUCACAAUAGUCCCUGCCAGGAGGAACGAUUCCGGGGAUUAUUAUUGUGAGGUAUCCAAUCAAAUCAGUUCCAAGAAGAGUGACCCCAUCCAGCUGGAGGUAAUAGAGCCAGUGACUACUCCCUCCAUCCAAGUCACCAACACCACAGUCAAGGACCUGAUCUCUGUGUUCCUUAACUGCUUGUCAAAUGACACUGAAAUCUCCAUUCAUUGGCUCUUCAAAGGCCAGAGUCUGAGUGUCAGGCGUAGGAUGAAGCUGUCCAAGAACAACAAAACCCUCGAAAUAUACCCUGCCAGAAGUGAGGAUUCCGGAGACUAUCAGUGUGAGGUAUCCAAUCAAGUCAGUUCCAAGAAGAGUGACCCCAUCCAGCUGGGCAUAAUAGAGCCAGUGACUCCACCCUCCAUCCAAGUCACCAACUCCACAGUCAAAAACCUGAUCUCUGUGUUCCUGACAUGCUUGUCAAAUGGCAAUGGGAUCUCCAUCCAUUGGCUCUUUCAAGGUCAGAGUCUAGUGAUCACAAAUAGAAUGAGGCUGUCUGAGAAUAACCACACCCUUCAAAUAGACUCUGUGAGAACUGAGGAUUCCGGGGACUAUCAGUGUGAAGUAUCCAAUCAAGUCAGUUCCAAGAGGAGUGACCCCAUCCAGCUGGACAUAAUACGUGAAUCUCCAAAACCAAAACAUCUACCCUCAUUAAGGGGUAUCAUUGGCAUUGUUGCCCAAUGUCUGAUGGGGAUGAUUGCAGUAAUAUUUUUACUGGGUUUGCUGUGGCGCAGACAUCAUGGCAGGGAGCCACAAAUUGAGAACGACAUCAAACAAGUGGACAAUGAGCCAACCAACCUCAAUGAGCCAACCAAUGCCAAUGAGCCAUCCAACCUCAAUGAAACCUCAAAAGCAGCCUCAAAUGUGAAAAAGAAAAAGAAAAAGAAGUCAAAAGGCAAGAAGUAAGAGCAUGCUCAGUGAGGACAACUGGACCCAUCCACCAACAGUCACAUGACAACUCUCCUAAUGAGGUGGAUGGAGCUUCAUAUUAUUUCCUGAAGAACAAUGUCCAGCAACCCAAAUCCAUAACUUCAGUCUUCCCAUCUCCACCAGCAACAGCAACUGUCUUCUGAAGUAAAAACACAGCAAUGGAACUGUCCCAUUAGCUGCUGCUCAUGUA